UUCCUGUAAGCACAGAGAGAGGCAGUGCUGAGUUAAAGGCACGCAAACACAAACAUACAUUACAGCAAAGUAACGAGAGGAGAGAAAGAGAUCUGAGCUUCAAGCGCUUCAUGCCUGAUUUUCCUGCAUCGAUCAUGAAUAUGUCGAAAGGGUCGGAUUGAAUCCAUCGCGCAGGUCUGUGCAGGGUUAACGCCAAAUCUUUCUUCGUGGCACAAGGAUUUUCGCCCCGUUUCUUAACUCGAUACAUUUGAAGUCAUCACAGGGGCGAUUUGAGAUAUUAUCAUUUAGUGCGUGAUUGAGGAGAAAGGCUUCAAAGAUGGGCUGUUUGGGAAACAGCAAAACGGAAGACCAGCGCAUCGACGAGAAAGCGCAACGAGAGGCGAAUAAAAAGAUCGAGAAACAGUUACAGAAAGAGAGACAGGCAUAUAAAGCCACACACCGCUUGCUCUUAUUAGGCGCUGGAGAGUCCGGGAAGAGCACCAUAGUCAAACAGAUGCGCAUCCUGCACGUCAAUGGCUUUAACGCAGAAGAAAAGCAGCAGAAAAUCCUGGAUAUCCGGAAAAAUGUGAAGGAUGCCAUUGUGACGAUAGUGUCUGCUAUGACCACCUUAACACCCCCUGUGUCAAUCGGCAACCCGUCUAAUCAUCCUAGAGCAGAGUAUAUAAGGAGUAUAGCUCCGCUCUCAGACUUUGACUACACAGAGGAGUUUUUUGAGCAUGCAAAGCAUCUGUGGGAUGACGAGGGUGUGAAGGCCUGUUUUGAGCGCUCAAAUGAGUACCAACUUAUUGACUGUGCACAAUACUUUCUGGACAGAAUUGAGUCUGUCCGACAGAAUGACUACACACCAACAGAUCAGGACUUGCUGAGGUGUCGUGUUUUGACCUCAGGGAUUUUCGAAACUCGUUUUCAAGUGGACAAAGUCAACUUUCAUAUGUUUGAUGUGGGCGGUCAGAGAGAUGAGCGAAGAAAAUGGAUCCAGUGUUUUAACGAUGUGACAGCCAUCAUCUUUGUCGCAGCAAGUAGCAGUUACAACAUGGUUAUAAGAGAAGACAACAGCACCAACCGCCUGCGCGAGUCACUUGACCUGUUCCGCAGCAUCUGGACUAACAGGUUUUUAAGGACGAUCUCAGUAAUCCUGUUCCUCAACAAACAGGACAUGCUAGCAGAGAAGAUCUUAGCAGGGAAAUCUAAACUUGAAGAUUAUUUUCCAGAGUAUGCACGAUAUACGCUUCCUCCAGAAGGUACAUGUCCUGCAUAUGGACAGUAUAAUGCUAUGAGUGGUCCUCCAUGUAAUGGAAUUUAUUUUAUGGUUUUGCAAGACUUGUUACUUAAAUUAAAAAAGAUGCACUGUAAAAAAUACUUUUCAACAAAAAUGUUUAAGGCAGCAAAGUAUUUUUUACAGUGUGCAUCAUUACAUUUUCCCAAUAAUUGUAAAAUGGUAUUUUUUCUUUUCAGAAAAUACACAUGAAUUUCACAUGUGAUCACAUGGGUUUCACAUGUGUUUAACAUGGGAUUCACACAAAAAAUGUUCCUAAAACACACUUAAAAAAAAACUUGUGGACACCGGUUGCACUAUUUAAUUACUUUUUUUAUGAAAUUAACAUUAAAUAACAUGAUUGUUUUAAAAAAAACUUAAUUCAAUCAACAGCUGGUGUACAUAAAUUAUGUAGAUCCAACAAGUAAAAAAAAGUAAUUUUAGAACAACCGUAUCCUAUAUUCCACUUGUGGAUCGCCUGUGUGUUUGACUUACUGCAGUGCUACGCAUACUCAUCCACACAAGACAUCAAACUACCACUAGAGCGAUUCGCCAGCAGUUGCUCCUCAUGUUUUUUAAUGGCUCUCAUAGUAUGAUUGGGUGUUCUGAAUCGUUGCGUAUUUUUCCCUGGUUUGUCAAGCCCCUACCAUAUAAUCAUUAACAUUAAGCCAUCAAAAGAUUACAAUUACCAGCCGCAACGACCAUGUAAACUAUAACAUUGAGACGUAACUUCAGGCUUUGCAGAGUUUCAUCUAUUCAAAACCCAUUUUGUUCAUUAAUGACACAAACACCUAAAACAAGCGUCUGCGUAUUAUGAUAAACAUUUUUGCCACUUAGGAGAACAUGACAGCAAGUUAUUUUUAAAGUAAAAGUGAUUUUAUUCUGUUUAACAGAGGUUUGCACCUUAAAUUGUGCAUGUAGUGCCACCCACUGUUGGCAUAGAUUAUAAAUUCUAUACCAACUCAACUUCUGUCAGGUGUAGUAUAAACGCCAGGGGCUCAAUAUAAAUGUCUGAAAAUGUUAAAACAUUUAUAACAUUUUGGCAGCCUACAUGUACUGAUGGAGCAUCAUCAUUGACCACUCCCAAGCUACGCCCUAGCAACCAAAGACAGUACCCUUGCAACCAAAAGACUGCCAUUAUAAAAUGCCCAGAUGGAUAUCUUUGCAGCACAAUGUCAUAGUGACAUGGGAGUGGGCUCAUUUUACUCAGGCAUCCAAUACGUCUCUCAGGAUCCUUACAGAGUUAUUAAGCCACGUCCACAACAACCAAAUAUGAGUACCCUAGCAACGCAAAAUUUAAACAGUUAUAUCUUCAAAUCUGAAUGCCAUGGCAACAUGUGGGUUAGUUUAUAAUAUUCAUGCUGGCAAAUAGCCAAUGGGGUAUCAUCAUUGGCCAUCACCAAGCCACUUCCUAGUAACCAAAUACAGUACCCUAGCAAAGGAAUAAUCAAAGCCUCAUAAGUCUGCAUCAGAACAUUGUAGAGACACAGUGGUUGGACUGUUUUACUAGGGGUGUGAUGAGACACCUAAUUCACGAGAACGAGACAAGAUUUUAACAUUUUUUAAAGGGGGGGUUUAAUGGUAUUUCAAGCAUUCUGACUUAUUAACACAGUUAUAGAGUUGUUUCCUCAUGCUAAACGUAGGCAAAGUGUCAAAACAGCAGUUGGACGUGUUACAGAGUAUUUCUGUGCCGAAUGCACUUCGCCAGGGUUCGUACAAGUUUCGGCAAGUUUUUUUUCGAUUACAGUUCUAACUGACGUUUCAGGGGUUUUCGAUACGUAUCACUUCUUUAUAUGGGCUUCCACCGGAAAACUUCCCCCGCAAACCCCGCCCCCCCGUCAAUCAGCGGGAGACGCUAGAGCUGCUAACAGCUUAUCACGCCACUCAGCUUUGUUUCAUUUCAAAAGUCAACAAUGGCACGAAAGAAGAAUUGUGUUUUUGGAUGUAAGGAGAAGACAUCCAGCCUUAUGGAAACAAUGGAUAUAAUUUAUUAUCCGGGGUAGCAGCGGAGUUUUGCGUGUGUGUUUGAUGCCGUGGAUUUUCCCAACCGGGUCAUGACGAGUUGCAUGCGGUAAGUAAGACUUCUGUCUUAUGUUGGAAAUAGUCGCGUGCAUAUUAUAUAAAUGACACGAACAUGUAGCGAAUCAUAAGUUAAAACAGUGUUGUAUAGUGUUGCAUG